UCGCAUGCUCAGAACUCCACAGGCUGCAGCAUAUCGCACACCGAGCCGAUGCCCUUCGCAGAGAAACAAUAGUGUUGACUGCGUCCGCGAUACGAGGAAUCCAUCAAAGAGCCUCGAACGAAAACCGCGUAUCGAGCCGACGUAACCUCGAAAAAGAUCAAUCUCUGCUAUUCGCUUCGACCCAUUGGCUCGAAACGUACAUCUGUGCCGGAUUCCAUGGUUUCACCCCUCGCGCGACGAACGUAUAAACCCAACCGAGAGAUGUUUUCUCGCGAAAUCGUCGGUCAAACUGUUUCGAUUGCGUUAUACUUGUAGUUUAUUUCAAGGAAUAAUCUUUUACACAAGAUCCUUGUUCAUCAAGCGGUUCUUUUACGUGUUGUUAGAAACGGUCGGUGAUAGUGCAUCCGUCGGUUGUCAUGAUGUUCUCGUGGUCGUGGAAAGUGCGAGAAAAGUGAGAAGUAGUGUGCUUAAACCCUAUAUCAAGUGCAUCGCGUACACACAUUUACGUACACACAACACAAGCGAAGGGAUGACGAUGCUACUAUCAGGAGGGAACCGAAUACAGCUUCCUUGAUCCACGAAUAUUCACCGCGAAGCACCCUCGUUCUUGGUCCAGCUUAAACGCCGGAUACAAGAUACCAAAACAAUUGAGCUAUUCUAUCGACGGAUUCUGUGAUUAAUUAACGAUUCUAUGAUCGAUCACACACUGGAUGCAUUACGUAAUUUGGCGCAGUGAUAUGUUAACCGAGGACAAUGAUCCGACGAAACCAGCAGGCGUUUUAGACAAUGCUGGCAACGUGUCUUCGUCGACAGAGGCCUCGGUACAGCACCCUCGAGCCGCAAACAAUGGUAAAUAAAGCUCCUCCAUUCCGGGUCUACUUAAAAGGCUACCCUUUUAAAGAAACGGAAGUCAAGAACGAGGUGCAAGAUUGUCCCGAAAACGACAGCGUGCCCAGCGGGGAAUUAUACAUCGACGAGAAUGCCGAGGAAAAGGAACAAGAAUAUCCGGAUUCUAUGGAAAAGGCGGACUACAGUUCGUUGUACGGAGCCAAUCAAUAUUAUAACAGUUUGUACAACUCACCUCCCUACGGGACAACCACAGCCGGGAAAAACACCUCGGGCUUGCAAAGUUCUUAUCUGACCUCAUAUACGACGCCCAGCUCCAUGUCUCAAUAUUCAUCUUACGCUACAUACAAUAGCGGCACCACGAAUUUCCCCAACGUGGCUCAAAAUAUAUCACCGUCUUCACAGAAGCUAGAUUACAGCGCCUACAGUAGCAGUUUGUAUGGAAAUGACAGGGUACCAUUACAGUAUUCCGGAUAUUACCCCAUGCAUGGUUACCACACGACACCCGCCUCGUUUAACAUUGGAAACCUAAAUUUUGCUGAUUCGACAAAGUCUGCGCUCACGUUGGACGCAACAACUCACGAUGCCAGCGAUCUUACCGCACGAGAAACCGCAAACAUCGAAGGUAACACGAUUCGAGCGACAGCGAAACCUUGCAGACGCGGAAGACGCCAGAGCGGAAGUGGAAACAGUAUAGGUUCUGCGGAUACGACAGAAGCCGGUCCUGACCGGAUAUUCAUCUGGGACCUGGACGAAACCAUAGUUGUAUUUCACUCCUUGUUAACUGGGCAAUUUGCAACGAAGCACCGUAAGGAUCCUGUUCUUUUGGGCCAAGUAGCGUAUAGAAUGGAAGAAAUGAUAUUCAAUUUGGCUGAUACUCACUUUUUUUUCAACGACGUCGAGGAUUGUGACCAAGUACACAUCGAUGAUGUAUCAUCAGAUGAUAAUGGACAAGACCUGUCUUCUUACAAUUUUGCUAACGAUGGUUUCCAAUGCGCAUCUGCGAACAACGGUAUAUGCUUGGCUUCCGGUGUUAGAGGUGGAGUCGAUUGGAUGCGAAAAUUAGCCUUUCGCUAUCGAAAAAUUAAAGAGAUCUAUAAUAAUUACCGAAACAAUGUUGGCGGUUUAUUGGGCGCUGCAAAACAAGAACAAUGGUUACAACUACGUUCUGAGAUUGAAGUGCUCACCGAUAACUGGUUAACGUCAGCUGUAAAAUGUUUAAGUCUCAUAAAUAAAAGAAGUGACUGCAUUAACAUUCUGGUUACUACCACGCAAUUAGUACCGGCUUUAUCUAAAGUACUGCUUUUUGGGAUCGGCGGAAUAUUUCCAAUCGAAAAUAUUUAUUCGGCCUCGAAAAUCGGAAAAGAAAGCUGCUUUGGAAGAGUAGUUGCGCGAUUUGGUCGAAGAUGCACAUAUGUGGUAAUAGGUGAUGACUCUGAUGAAGAAACGGCAGCACGUGCCCAUAAUUUCCCAUUUUGGAGGAUAAAUAGUCACUCGGACACACAGUCGUUAUACAACGCCUUAGAAAUGGGAUUUCUUUAAGCAGAGGAUACGUUUAUAAAGCGAAUAGGUUUAUGGGGGGAAGGAAAAUUUGGGAAAGUAUGUCCUAAACAAGAAACAUCUUACAAUUAGUCAUAACGGGGGCUUAUACAAGAUAUUUCUAUAUUCUUUACAAUCGAUAAUGAGAGUAUAAAAAAAGACGCUUUUAUCGAGUGAACCUUUUAAACAUUCCUAUUAUUUAUCGAUCGUAAUAUGUAAAUUGAGGAUCGGCUGUUCCUCUAAGAUCGCCAUACACGAUCAUCGAUCGUAAUCUAUUUGUCGAUCGUCAAAUGUGAUCGAUCGGAGCAGGGUCCACAGGUGAUAUACAAUGAAAGUAAAAGAAAGUAAUGAGACAAAAGUGAAAAUUAAAGAGUUAUAUAUAAUACGAAUAUUUCUAAUUAAUUACUGCACAGUCUCGACCAUAUAUAAAAAUUAAUUUGUUGCAAACUGUAAAAGUAUGUCUCGUGUACUUAAACGUGUUGUGUUUCUUGCUCUUAAAAAGUGUACGUAUAAAAACUAAACUGGUCGAAAAGAAAUUAGAUUCACAAGCAGGAUGAUGUUACACGUAACAUUCAUUAGUUAAUAUUUUGAUCGAUGUAUAUUUCGAAACACUACGGAAGUUUUAUAUGAAUAUUGUGAUACGGUUUAAUCCAAUUAUUUAAUUAUAGCAUGAUACCAGUAAAUGUAAUAAAGCAUGGUCAAACGGAUACUUUUUAACAGUAGUUUGUGAAAGAUGUAGUCACCGUUUUAUUAGUUACAUUAUAUAAAAAUAUUUGACUGAAAUAUCAUGCAUUCUUAACAUUAAUUUCUUCGUACAUAUUGAAUAAUAAUAAGAAUAUUUAGGUACUUAUGUUUUUGAAUUCUUCAUAUCGUGGCGUGGUUUGGAAACUUCUUCUUCUAAUUUCAAAACCUAUUCCGAAUUAUCUUUAAAAUAAAAUUUCAAAGAAAUUAUAAAUAAUUUUAUGAGGACACUAGAUAUAAGUAAUAUUUUCAAAAUGUACGAAAUUAGAUUGUAUACUUACAAUCUUAAUUCAUAAAAGAGAGAAAUAUGAUUAGCAAAUGAUAACCAAAGUUUAAUACGUUUGAAUAACUAUAAAAUUGAUUUAUAUGUUUUUGAAAUGUAGCUUAUAUUAAUUAAAAACGCAUUUGUUUGUCAAAUCAAUUUUAAAAAUAGGUUGUUUAUAAAUUUAUUUUCUUUCAAUUAAAUUUACGAGAGUAGUACCGUCAUACGAAAAUUAUUUAUCAUUUUAUAAUAUAAUAAUUGGAAGUUUAUUUUUAAGAUUAUAAUCGUAUAAAAGCAAAACGUAUAAUUUAAUCGACUGAAUAGCACAAAAACUGCACAAGUUAUAAAAUGAUUAAAAACGUAAUGCUGAAUGCAUAAAUAAGUUUCUAAAUAAAAUUACUUUUUAGCGUAUUAUGCAUUUUGAACUUCGGUUGAACGAAAUGGUGUGACUAUUAGAUUUAUAUAUAUGAAACGUAAAAAGAUGAAGACUAUAUAUUAAACAAUGAAAUUCAUUAAAAAUACUUAACAUUUUUUAAAAUAUAUUUGUAACAAACGUUCAACUUUUUAUGUAUUUAUACUUUAAAAAAUUAAUUUUUUCAGACAAAUGUAUUUUUGUGUUAAAUCAAUAUUGUAUUACACCGAUCACAUGAUAAAUGUGGAUCUGUGUGUUAAAAUAGAUUGAGGAAUAUAGAAAAUAUGGAAUAAUAUUAUUAUAUAAAAGUUUACAUAUGAUCGGAGAAUUACGAGAUAUAAAUUUUUUAUUUCAAAUACUUUCAUUUUAAUUUGUGUAAUAUUUCUUUUAGUUGUAUAUUCGAUUUUAUAUUGAAUGCACAGUGAUGUAACUAUUUCAGUAUCUGUAUAAUUUUACAACGAUUUAAAAAAUUGUAUUACGCAAACUGUGCCUACUAAAAUUACAUAUAUUUUUGUAAGUAAUUGUUAUUAUAAUUCCAGCAUCAGGCUUUCCAAUACAUAAGCAAUAGUUUAAUAUCAAUGUUAUAGAGUUAUCUAUGUAUAGCAAUGCCUAUUUUCUGUGUUGAAAUAAGAACGUGACAUUGUUUAAUUCUGUAGCUGUUUAUGUUCGUUUAUGCUUUUUAUACCGAGCAAAUGAUAUUGCUUUGCGAAUCGGCAAAUCGCAAUUACUACGUAAUUUGUUUUACAUUGUAUAGAAUUUUAGUCAAAAACUUAUGACAUUUGUGUAUCUUUUGUUAUAAAAGUAUUUCUAGUAAUAAUAACAAAGAGAACAAAAAUUAUAAGGCCGCUUUUAAAUACUAAAGAUUUUCAAUAAAAGUCAUUUUGUUUAUGUUUA